AUGGUGAAAGAUAUAUGGCUUAAUGAAUCUUCUUCUAAAUUUUCAAAUUUUAAAUAUGAUUUGAAUGUUAAUUUACGUCAUCGUUAUUCUUUACCACUUGAUCGUUAUGAACAUGUUGGUCUUCAUAUUGCAAUGAUGACUUUAAAUGAUAUUAGUAUUUCUCUUGAAACAAAAUUUUGGUCACUUUGUCGUAUUAUUUUUAAUGAUUUACAAAAGAAUUUAACUGAUGGAAAACAUUUAACUUAUCUUCAAUUUGAAGAUAUGAAUGUACUUUUAGUUUGUUCAAUUGAAAGUCUUGAUUAUACUUUAAUACAUGAAGCUGGGAAUAAAAAUCGAAUCAUUGCAAAUAAUUGGUUUGGUAGAAUGACGAAUUUAACAGAUAUAGCAUGGCAACAUAAUGUAAAUGGACUUUCAAUGAUUUUUUAA